GUGGUCCGCAGUCAACACACACCACCUCCCCCCCUCCACCCCCGUACUCUCUCGGUCCCUUCUCCUUCUUAUUCCCCUUUUACGGACCUGCGGAGGCGACUUACGGUCGUCGCUGAAGUUCUUCCCCCGUCAACAUGGCGAUGAAUCGAAUCAGAGGCGCCUUUGCGGUGCCCAGGAAAGGAGAAACCUUUGAACUGCGAGCUGGCCUUGUUUCCCAAUAUGCUUAUGAGCGCAAGGAGUCGAUCCAGAAGACCAUCAUGGCCAUGACCCUAGGCAAGGAUGUCUCCGCGCUUUUCCCCGAUGUCCUCAAGAACAUCGCGACCAGCGAUCUGGAGCAGAAGAAACUCGUAUAUCUGUACUUGAUGAACUACGCCAAAUCGCACCCCGACCUCUGUAUCCUUGCCGUCAAUACCUUCGUGCAGGACUCCGAAGACCCCAACCCCCUGAUUCGAGCACUGGCGAUCCGGACGAUGGGCUGUAUCCGGGUGGAUAAGAUGGUCGACUACAUGGAGGAACCCUUGCGCAAGACUCUCCGGGAUGAGUCGCCCUACGUUCGCAAGACCGCCGCCAUCUGUGUCGCCAAGCUGUUCGACCUGAAUCCGGUCAUGUGUCUGGAGAACGGAUUCUUGGAGAUGUUGCAGGAAAUGAUCGCCGAUCCGAACCCCAUGGUGGUCGCCAACUCGGUGACGGCGCUCUCCGAGAUCCAUCAUGCCGCCGCGGAGACCCAAGCCCUCCAGAUCACUUCAAACACGCUGCGCAAGUUGCUCAUGGCCCUCAAUGAGUGCACGGAAUGGGGCCGGGUGACCAUUCUGACCACCCUCUCGGAAUACCGCACCGCUGACGUGUCGGAGUCGGAGCAUAUUUGCGAACGAGUGGCGCCGCAAUUUCAACAUGCCAAUCCCAGUGUCGUCCUUGCGGCCGUCAAGGCGGUUUUCUUGCACAUGAGGCACAUCAAGCCGGAACUGUCCCAGACCUACCUGAAGAAGAUGGCUCCGCCCCUAGUGACCCUUGUCUCCUCCGCGCCGGAAGUCCAAUAUGUCGCUUUGCGCAACAUCGACCUCUUGCUGCAGAAGCAACCCGACAUUCUCGCCAAGGAGCUCCGCGUUUUCUUCUGCAAGUACAACGACCCGCCAUACGUCAAGUUCCAGAAACUCGAGAUUAUGGUCCGGAUAUCCAGUGAACGGAAUGUCGACCAGCUUCUGGCGGAGUUGAAGGAAUACGCCUUGGAAGUCGAUAUGGACUUUGUGCGACGCGCAGUCAAGGCCAUCGGUCAGGUCGCCAUCAAGAUCGAAAGCGCCAGUGAGAAGUGUGUGAACACCCUGCUGGAUCUGAUCAACACCAAGGUGAACUACGUCGUCCAGGAGGCGAUUGUGGUCAUUAUGGACAUCUUCCGGAAAUACCCCGGCUACGAAGGCAUCAUCCCCACUCUCUGCCAGUGCAUCGACGAACUGGACGAGCCCAACGCCCGAGCUGCCCUCAUCUGGAUUGUGGGUGAGUAUGCGGAGAAGAUCAGCAAUGCGGGUGACAUCCUUGGCGGGUUCGUAGAUGGCUUCAACGAGGAAUUCUCGCAGACCCAGUUGCAGAUCCUGACGGCUGUUGUGAAACUCUUCCUGAAACGGCCCGAGAAGGCUCAAGGGCUGGUGCAGAAGGUGCUGCAGGCGGCCACGGCUGAGAAUGACAACCCCGACGUUCGAGACCGGGCCUACGUCUACUGGCGUUUGCUGUCGAACACGAGCGAUCCAGCCGCCGCGAAGAACAUUGUGCUCUCCGACAAACCGCCAAUUGUGACUACGAUUCACUCUCUCCCGCCCGCUUUGCUGGAGCAACUCCUCACCGAGCUGUCCACGCUUUCCUCGGUCUAUCACAAGCCCCCGGAGCAGUUUGUCGGCCAGGGCCGCUUCGGUGCGGAUGCGGUCCAGAAGGCUGCCAUCGAGGAACAAAUCCAAAACGCCCGCGAAAACCCCUUGGCGGCGGCUGCGGCUGCGGCUGCCGUCAGUGGCGGCGCGCCACCCCCGCAAGCCCAGAACAACGUGGAGAAUCUCUUGGAUAUCGAUUUCGACGGUGGCGCACCGGCAUCGGCCCAGAAAGAACCCGGCGCCGGCAUGUCUGGCCUGGAAGGUCUCGCCGGAACGCCCACUCGAGUGGAGUCUCCUGCAGUAGGUACACCAACCGCAAGCAACAACUUGGAUGACCUACUCGGCGUGUUCGGUGACGGUGGUAAUGCCAUGGGUGGCCCAAGCAGCGGAGGAGCCCCCAACGGCGGCAAUGGUAGCGCUGACCUGAUGAACGGGAUGGCUGGACUGGACCUCAUGGGCGGCAGCAGCAGCACCACGUCGCCCCCACCCCCAGGAGGGAACCAGAAGAAGACCAACGAAGACAUCAUGUCCUUGUUCUAAGACAGGUACAACGAUUGCCCAACAUUGGGGCGAAGCAGGGGCUGUGAGGCGGAAGAUGGGCCCAGUUCAAGAUACAUUA